AUGAGCAUGAAUGCCUACAGCAAUGCAAGCAGUAUGUGGACCGGCCAACAACUUACUUCUCAGUGGGAUGCUUCGAAUGCGUACGCAUUGACCAAUAUGACAAAUCUUCACCCCCUCAUGCAAAGUUCCGAAUCUCUAUUCUAUGGUGUCGGCCCAUCGAUGAUCAAUCUCAGCAUGGAUGGAUUGCCUGAGGUUGAUUUCGAUAUCCCAAACUUAGCCUUUCCACCGGCCUCCCUCCCCACUGCACCCAGCAUACAGGAAGCGUCCAGAUCUGAUUCGAACUCAACUUCAGCUCUGUCUACUCUGACUCCUGCGCUCAUGACACAGCCCACUGCAUCUGCGGUCUCUUCCACAAUGGCGCGGCAGUGCAUGCAAGUGCCUUCUCCAGAAGCUCUACCCGGAGCUCAAGACGAGCAAGGUUCCUCUCCAGAGGCACCUGUUGUGAAUCCGAUCGAGGCCAUUUCAGAUUCGACACCUAUAACAACAGCUCCGAGACGAUCACAUAGAGCAGGCCAGGAUGAGGAGUCAGCCACUCCUUUGUCAGAACAAGGCCGUCCAAAGCGACGUUCAAAGAAACCUGCUCAUGCAGAUGCUAUGCCACCUUGGCAGCAGAAGAUGUUGCCAUCCGUUGAAGGCAGGCAGGCAGGCAGGACGAGACAGAUCGUUAGCGAGAAGGAGAAGAAGAACGAGAAUGACGGUCGCACGAGGAAGAAAUUGAAAACAAAGUAG